UUGCUAUUAACCCCCCUGGCGGUAUUCCCGAGUAUAGCUCGGGGAAAGGUGUCAGUACCACAAGCGGUGACCCCGAGCUACACUCAGGAAUACACUGCAGCGUUGCUCCGGGAUCCCUUCUGCACUUACCUUGUCCUGCGCUCCCGCGAUGUCCCCCCCGCAGUGUCCCCAGCAAUGUCCUCCAGCCGAUGCCGGCAUCUGUCUUCCAGGUUCCGUUCCCUGCGAGCCGCGGGGGAGAACGGAACCGGCGGGAAAUUCAAAAAUUUAAAAAGUGACAUUCACUAAAUACACUAAAAUCACAUAGUAUAACAUUCCUGUAUCAAACCAUUUCACAUACAU